AUGGAGCACUCCCCGUCUAUGAGCUUGUCAGUGGUGGAUGGAGACGAGGUGGAGGACCAGCGGCCACUCCUCCCACCACGCAUGGUCCCUCCACCUCAGACCUGCUCUCCGCAAUGUGGGAUACACCAAAACAUCCAAACAUCAGCUGAUCACACCGUGUGGCUGGACAGAACCCAGGCCAUGGCCACCACACCUUUAUACAAUGGCCACCUUUAUGUGACACCUUCACCACACUCCAAAAGGAGGGGAGACAAAGGCAAAGAUAAGAAAUGUGAGAAAAGGUCUGGGGGGAGUAGACAAAAUCCAGCACGCAAGGAGCAUAAUCACCAGUGCAAAGCCAGAAACGCAGGAGCUCACAGACUUCAGGAGAAAGUUACCUCUUUCACUGACAUCCCUGUGUCUCCCUGCGAGUCACCCUUUAAGAGCCCCCGCAGGUCACACAUAGACAUCAAGGAGGGCAGAGGGCGCCGCAAGUCAGCCAACGUUUCUUUGGAAAUGCAUGAUCGCCAGAGUCUCCCAGAGAUCAUCAUCACCAGUAAAGAUGAUGACUUACGGCCACAAAAUGAUAAGUCCCAGUAUCACCAGGACUUGUCUGAGGCCAAAGGCCUGCUGCCAGGAGCCGAGCAUCCCAGUCCGAGCCCCAUUCCCAGUUCCAGUUCCGGUUCCCAUCCCAGCCCAAAAAAAGUGGACGCCAAGGACGACCCAUACUGGAAGACCCACAACAUCGGCUGGCGACUGGUACACAGGAGGGCUCUGUUUUUGAGGAGGCAGCGGCUGAACGACUGCGCCCUGGCGGUUGGGAUAUUCGGGGUGGUCCUGAUGGUGACGGAGACAGAGCUCUCCUGGAGCGUCUACAGCAAGAGCUCUAUCUACUCCCUCACACUCAAAUCCAUCAUCAGUUUCUCUACAAUUAUCCUGUUGGGCCUCAUCAUAGCGUACCACUGCUGUGAGGUGCAGCUCUACGUUCACGACAUUGGUGCAGAGGAUUGGCGGAUUGCAAUGACAACCGACCGUCUGGCUCUGGUAGCCCUGGAGUUGGCAGCAGUGGCCAUUCACCCCUAUCCAGUGGGUCUGGUUGCGUACUUCCAGCAGACCUUCCAGCACACCCCGGGUCGCCUGUCGCUGUCAGAGACAGAGCUGGAAAUCAUCCUGGCUCUGCCCAUGUUCCUGCGGCUCUACCUGCUGGGCCGGGCCAUGAUGCUACACAGCCGCCUCUUUACUGACACCGCAUCUCGCAGUAUUGGAGCACUCAACAAGAUACACUUCAACACCCGGUUUGUGGGGAAAACGCUGAUGACCACCUACCCCGGGACUGUGCUGAUGAUUUUCAGCGUCUCUCUGUGGAUUGUGGCAGCGUGGGGCUUACAUGUUUGUGAGAGACACCACAACUACAGAGACCUGAGCAGCAACUACAUGGAGGCCUUGUGGAUGGUCUCUGUCACCUUCUUAUCCAUCGGUUAUGGAGACGUGGUGCCUCAUACCUACUGUGGUCGCAGCAUCUGUCUCCUCACUGGGAUAAUGGGAGCAGGCUGCACAGUCCUGGUGGUGGCGGUGGUUGCCAGGAAGCUGGAGUUGACCAGAGCAGAGAAACAUGUUCACAACUUCAUGAUGGACUCCCACAUCUCCAAGAGGAUAAAAAUCGCUGCAGCAAAUGUGCUGAGAGAGACUUGGCUUAUCUACAAACAUACUAAGCUGUCAAGAGAAAGAGACCACACCAGAGUCCGAAUGCACCAGAGAAAGCUGCUUCUGGCCAUCCACCAGCUGCGGCGAGUGAAGAUAGAGAAGAGGAUACUUGCAGACCAGGGCAACACACUUGUGGACCUCUGCAAGAUGCAGAACAUGAUGUAUGACGUGCUGUCGGAGGUGCAAGGCUGCAGGGGGGAACUGGACACACACAUUCACAUACUGGAGAAGCAUGUGGAAGAGCUGAGGGAGGGCUUCAAGAGCCUGAUGCCGCUCCUCUCCAACACCCUAUCCACGCAGAACUCCUCCAUCCGCCACCUGCUCAGGGAGAGGGAGGUGAAGACAGAGACUGCGAGUGCGAGUGUAGACAGGUAGAGAGAGGCUGAGGGAGGUGAUGGGGAGAAAUAAAGGCUUCUCAGGUACUCCUGGAGAUUUCUGUCUAUAAUGCAGCUGAAAUUAUCAUUUUGGGACAUUUUUCUUACAGAG